GGUGACGAGCUCCGCUCCUGACAAAUAGCUCCGAGCUCCGGGGUUCACACACAGGGACUGGGCAUGAACACGGCUGGAUUUCGGAGUUUUGGGUCAAAAGUUUGCUCUCGGUUCCAGAUUUCUACUCCACAUGGGAACAGAUCUGGACAGAAGUAGCGCGUAAAAAAGCCUCAGAGGAGCCGCAGACGCGUAGAGAAAGUCAGCAACCUGCACUCUAUACUUCGCUUCAUCCGGAACCUGAGGAUAAAUUUGACCCACAGUGUUGAUCUCCGGACUACAGCAGCACAACAGGGAAUAUGAGUUCCGGUUUGGGCUACUAAAAGGGAGUGAUAAUCGGUGAACGCGCUCCGGUGACCGCACGGCCAGAUUAUGCAGCAUCCUUUGGACAUGGGGGCGCAUUACUAUCCUCCGGAGAUUCAUCCAGACCACAGAACUCAUCGCUACAGGAGUUUCAUGAUAGAGGAAAUCCUGACUGAUCACCCGGAGCAUAAAGCGUCGGCUCCGGCCGGUGAGCUGCUCAAAUUCGGAGUACAGGCGCUGCUGUCCGCGCGGCCUUUCCAUAACCAACUUGUGCUAAAAGCUGACCAGACGAGCCUCCUAAAGUUCCCCAUGUCCCCGCUGUCCUGCUCGCUGGGCUCUCCGCUCCUAUCCGCGGCCCCGGGCCUGCAAGUAGGUGCGGCGUCCCACCACCUGCCGCUGGACCUGCACCUCCGCGGAAAGCUGGAGCACGGAGUCGAUGGCGGCAGCAAGACCAAGAAGGGCCGCCGCAGCCGCACCGUAUUCACCGAGCUGCAGCUAAUGGGCCUGGAGAAACGUUUCGAGAAGCAGAAGUACCUUUCUACGCCCGAUAGAAUAGAUCUUGCAGAGUCUCUGGGUCUGAGUCAGCUCCAAGUGAAAACAUGGUACCAGAACAGGAGGAUGAAAUGGAAGAAAAUUGUUCUGCAGGGAGGCGGCCUGGAGUCCCCGACCAAACCCAAAGGCCGCCCUAAGAAGAACUCCAUCCCCAGCAGCGAGCAGCUCUCUGAGCAGGAGCGAUCCGCCGCAGAGGCUGACCGGGCCGAAGGCUGCAGCUCCCAUUUGGAGAACGCUCAGGAGGAGUGACCCGACCUCUUUAUCUAUGAACCUGUGGGACGCUCAGAGUGCCUGAAAAAAAAAGGGGGAUUUUUGCUGGACCGUAUGGCCUCCUGAUGCAAAACAAAAACAGCCCUGCAGAAACCUAAAGUGCACAAGGCGACAUCCUCUAGCAGCCUCGCUUUUUUUUUUGUCGCAUUCCCUCAUGAUGCUGCUGUUGAGGAGGGGACUCAAAUCUUUGCAGUAGGUCUAACCCUUUCUUUAUAUUCUACGGAUCAGCUCUCACUUAUCUAUUCUGCAUUCCCUUUGUGUAACU